AUGUCGCCAGAAAGGGAUACGCCCUCGCCGCAAACGACGCCCAAAGCCAGCGCCAUCAACGGUGCACCGAUACCUUCUUUCUCACUUUCAUCCUCGGACUUAGCGGACGAAGAUAAUGAUGUCGUUGCUCCUUCGUUCCCUGCUACCAACUCUGCUCAGCGCGCUUCUGUCGCUCCGACGUUGUCGCCUCGAAAUCCUUCAAUCCAAAAGCCUCUCCUGCAGCCCGCCGCUGCACAGCUCAUGCCGCCGCCCCCGCGCCUGGCUCCAAAUCCACGUGUGGGACAGGGCACAGCAGCGUCUCUGCGCGUCCCGACCACCGGCCCUCUGCCGAACCGCGGCCCUCCAAGUUCCUCAAACGGCAGCACACUCGGCGUCCCUUCGUCAGGCGUCGUAAAGCCGACAAACGGGCGGGAGCGGGCAAAAGUAAACUUAGGCCCCGGCUACUCGCCGCUCGACUGGGCGACUCUCCUCAAAUCCGGCAAGAAUCUGUCAGGCGUUACCGGCUUCCAGAGAGUCACACCAUCGCAGCUGAAGGCCAUGAACGGGCGGAAGGGGAGGCCGGCGUGGAGUAGUUACCAGGGAAAGGUGUACAACAUCUCGCCUUACCUGCCGUACCAUCCCGGUGGAGAGGGAGAACUGAGGAGGGCGGCGGGGAAGGAUGGCGCGAAAUUGUUCAUGGAGGUGCACCCGUGGGUCAAUUGGGAGAAUAUGAUGGGCGAGUGUUUGGUGGGGAUUUUGGUAUCGGAGGAGUCUGGUGGAGGGGCCUCUUUGGAAGAUAUGGACUGA